AUGCAGACGUACUCGUCGUCGCCGGACCAGCCGCUGCUUGGGGUCCCCAUUCGUGAGGGCACCUUGUGGCAUCUGUCAGCCCAGGAUCGCUUUGAGUCGGUGAUGUUCAGCCUGUAUGUCAACGGCUUUGCAUUCUCGACCCUUGACGGUCGAGAGGCAUCGGUUUCGUUGUCGCCAUUCUCGCUGAUCCGAAAUUGUCGGUUUCAGUCCGGCGAGUGCUCGAGGCUGAAGAGCUUCAAGGUGUCCUUACAGGAGCCAGAUCCCUGCUGCUACUUUGCUGUGCGAAGCACAGAAGAGCGAGAAGCAGAGGAGGAGCGCUCCGAGUGGGUGUUGGGCUUAUCUCACACCAUCCUGCUCAUAAUUGAUUCGCUUCUGCCAGUAGCCGAGCUCAGCUGUGAUGCCGUGCCCGGCUCCCCUUUGACACAGCGACGGCUGCUAGCCGGGUAUCUGAUCCAUAGGGAUGAUGCCGAGACCGUGUCGGUGGUGUACUGUGAGCUCCAAGCUCCCAUCGGGCCAAGAGCCAGCCUCGUGAUGUACGAGAAUGAGCUUUGCAACGGCUCCAUCAUGGAGAUAGCAAUUUUUGAAACUUCAGUUUGCUGUGACGUGGUUGGCAUCAACUGCAGCUGCUUUGUGGUGGAGGGUCACCAUUUCGCGUGCCAGAGCUCCUCUGAGCGGAAGCUAUGGCUUCGCGCGCUGAGCAAUCUCAAGGUGAAGCUUCAGAACAAAGCGCCAGAGCCUUCAUCGGAAGAGCUGCUGCAUUUCAGAUCAGCCAUCCGUGAGAACAUUGUCACUUUGGAGGCCACUCAGGAAUCCAGGAUCUCAAGGACCCCACUCCUGAAAUGCCUGGACAAGCUCGGGCCCUGGAAUUGA